AUGGCGUCUACUGAGGUUUCCGCUACCCGGCUUUACUUGGGCAACCUGCCAAAGGGUGCAACCAAGGCCGAUGUGGAAGCCCACUUCGCAACCCAUGGCACUGGUGAAAUUACCGAGGUCAAGCUGAUGAAUGGAUUCGGCUUCAUCGAAUACAAGGAUCCCAUGGAUGCGCGCGAUGUCGUUCCUGCUUUCCAUGGAUCUGAUUUCAUGGGCGAACGCUUGACCGUACAAUUCGCUCGAGGUUCUCGCCACCGCGAAGGCUUCGGUGGUCACGAGCGCAGUGCUCCCCGACCCCGUCGCACUCCCCAUCGCAUGCAGAUUACUGGACUUCCCAAUGAUACCAGCUGGCAGGACCUGAAAGACUUUGCUCGACAAUCCAGCUUGGAUGUCGUAUACUCGGAGACGGGCCGUGACGGCAAUGGCCGAGGCUUUGUCGAGUUUGAGACCGCGGCCGACCUGAAGACUGCUGUAGAGAAGCUCGACGGCCGCGAGUUCAAGGGACAACGAGUCAAUUGUAUCGCUGACACCCAACCGGAUUUCCCUACUCGCGAGCGCGGCGCCCGUUCUCGCUCCCCUGUAGGUCGUCGACCUUACGGCCCGCCGGGCGAGGGUUACGAUCGCCGUGGACCGCCUCGUGGGUACAACAGCCCGCGUGGUUAUCGCGAUGAUUACCGCGACCGGAGCCCCGCUGCUCGUCGCGACUACUACGACGAUCGCCGUUACAGAUCCCCACCGCGCCGUGGACCUGUUGACGACUAUCCAGCUCCACGUGGUCGCUACGAAGAUCCUUAUCGCCGCGACUACGGACCCCCUCCGGAUCCGUAUGUCAACGGCCGGCCUUAUGACCGGCCUCCAAGGGAUUUUCCCCCGCGUGAGGGUGGCUAUGGGCCUCGCGAGGGCGGUGGCUAUCCCCGGGAGGAAUACCGCCGAGGUGGCGGUUACUGGUAA